AUGGGAACCAUUCACAUUCAAGAAUCUCAAUCUCUUACUCCAGUCAAUAGCCCUUCUCCUUCAAUAUCCAACAAUGGAUUCCCAAUCCUAGCCAUUGCAGUACUUUGCAUCACAGCCACAUCUUUCUUACUAAUCAGCUACUAUAUUUUGGCCACAAAAUGCUGCUUCAGAUGGCAACAGUUCGACCCUUUGCGACGUUUUUCUUUUAGACGACAGACGAGGAAUGAUGAUCCAUUGACAGCCUACUCUCCCUCGUGGCAAAGCCGAGGCCUCGAAGAGUUACUUAUUCGAGAAAUCCCCACUUUACAGUAUAGUAAAAAUGCAGAAAAUGGGAUCCUAUCGAAAUGUGUGGUGUGUUUAAAUGAAUUCCAAGAACAUGAUAUACUUAAACUCCUUCCCAAAUGUAAUCAUGUUUUUCAUUUAGACUGUGUUGAUAUAUGGCUUCAGAGCAAUGCAAAUUGUCCUCUAUGCAGAUCAGCCAUUUCAGGCAGAAAUCGAUACCGGCUCGACCGAAUCACUGCACCAAAUUCUUCACCUCAAGAUCCACAACCCUUGAGCAUUGCUGGAAGUGAUGAAGAUUUUGUUGUGAUUGAACUGAGUAGACUACAAGAAAGGGGUGGUUCAAGCAGAAACCUGGAUCCUUCAAGUACAACUCAUUCAUCAAGAAAGUUUGAUCAGAAAAUUGGCAAAUCAAAACCCAGAAAAUUUCAUCACGUUUCAAUCAUGGGAGACGAAGGCAUUGAUGUAAGAGAAAAAGACGAUCAAUUUUUAAUACAGCCAAUCAGAAGAUCUUUCUCAAUGGAUUCCGCGGCGGAUCGACACUUUUAUUUGUCAGUUCAAGAAAUUAUGCAGCGAAAUGGGCAGUUGUUCGAGAAUGAGAAGGAUGAUAUUGUUAUUGCCUUUACUGAGUAUCUCGAUGAGGGUACCAAUAAUGGUGCUGAACUACCUGCAUUAUUAUAUGGGCUCCGACAUGCUAAAAUGAUGGGAAUUAACCGACUUGAAGUGGAGCUCGACUCAUUUAUUAUCGUUAAUUGGCUAAAGAGGAAGAUCUGGAUGAAUUCUAUUGCAAUCCCAUCAUCAGUCAGAGGAGCUUUGCAAAUGGAUAAACUUGGUAUUCCUUAUUUUAGAGGUUCUUCUCCCCACGGUGACUUUAAAUUUUCCAAUAUUGUUUUAGAUUACUAG